UUCUUUGGUUCUACAGUAGGUCUGAAGUAGUUCGCCGUUGUUGCGAUUUUCUUCAGCUUACCUUGGAUACAACAUCUGUGACGGUGUGUGAAAAAGUUCCUCAGUACUUUUGUGAAAGAAAAGUCUGUUCAUCUACAACAACAUGGCCUCGUACGGAGCAUGGAUGGCACAAUCGGCGAUCAGCAAUCUGACCGUGGUGGACAGAGUCCCUGCCGAUAUGCUGCACAUGGUGGACGCCCAUUGGUAUCAGUUCCCGCCGAUGAACCCACUGUGGCACUCGUUGCUGGGAUUUGCCAUCGCCAUCCUCGCCCUGAUCUCGGUAAUCGGUAAUGGAAUGGUCGUGUACAUCUUCACCAACACCAAGACGCUCCGGACCCCAUCCAACCUGCUAGUGGUCAAUCUAGCCUUCUCGGACUUCCUGAUGAUGUUUUGUAUGGGACCACCAAUGGUGAUCAACUGCUACUACCAGACCUGGGUCUUCGGGCCUCUCGCUUGCGAAGUCUACGGUAUGUUAGGAUCACUGUUCGGUUGCGUCUCGAUCUGGACCAUGACUCUGAUUGCGUUCGACCGUUACAAUGUUAUCGUCAAGGGUCUGGCUGCCAAGCCUCUGACCAACAACAGCGCUUUGGUUCGUAUCCUGUGUGUGUGGGCCUCCAGUCUGGCCUGGACCAUAGCUCCAUUCUUCGGCUGGAACCGGUAUGUUCCAGAAGGCAACAUGAGCGCGUGUGGAACUGAUUAUCUGACCGACACCUGGAGUAGCCGCUCGUACAUUCUGGUGUACUCGUUCUUUGUCUACUUCGGUCCGCUGCUGAUGAUCAUCUACUCCUACGUCUUCAUCAUCAAGGCCGUGUCUGCCCACGAGAAGAACAUGCGCGAACAGGCCAAGAAGAUGAACGUUGCUUCGCUGCGAUCGUCGGAAGCCCAAAGCACCAGCACGGAAAUGAAACUGGCCAAGGUCGCCCUGGUCACCAUCUCGCUGUGGUUCAUGGCCUGGACUCCGUAUCUGAUCAUCAACUUCACCGGUAUCUUCAAGUCUUCGCCCAUCAGCCCGCUGGCCACCAUCUGGGGAUCGCUGUUCGCCAAGGCCAAUGCCGUGUACAACCCGAUAGUGUACGGUAUCAGCCAUCCAAAGUACCGAGCUGCCCUGUAUCAGAAAUUCCCGGCGCUGUCUUGCACGGAUUCCGCCGACGACUCGCAGUCAGUGGCUUCCGAAACCACGACCGUGGUAUCGGCCGAAAAGUCGGAAUCUGCCUAAUGAUAUUGUUGUGGACCUUGUGAUGAUGUUGAAUCGGUUGUAUUUUUAAGUUAGUUUUAUUGAAUAAAGUGAGCAAUUUUUGAAAUCG